GCAGGACAUGCUGGGGGCUGACAGACCGAGCUAUCCAUAUCUCUAUCCAUAUUGAUCCCCGGCCAGAGAUACUGACACAGGAAGCUGCCUGGUACCUUUGCUGAGCAAUAUACCAAACCCCUUUGUGUGCUGCACCAAGCAAAAUGGAUACUGAAUGGUAACGCUGUGAUGAUCCACUAGUGCCUUAUUCUAUUUAUUAAAAAUACACAGGAAGACCAUUUGUGGCGAUCCCAUCUGAAAACUGAUGAAAGAAUUCAAGGAUAAUUUUUAAAUCCAAUUAAUGAAACAUGCAUCACGCUGUUCAGGUGUGGUUUGGAGAUGACGUCCCACUAAGUUCAAGAAGCCCUUUGAUUCCUAGACAUGGGCCAGGCCUUGCUGAUGUUUCCCAAUAUGACCAGUGGCUGGCUGUGCGCCACGAAGCCACCUUGAUACCCAUGCAAGAAGAUCUGUCAAUCUGGCUCACUGGCUUGUUAGGGGUAGAAGUUAGAGUGGAAUGGUUUAUGAAGGACCUUGACAAUGGUGUUCUUCUGUGUCAACUAAUCCAUGUCGUCCAAAACACUAUGAAGCAGUGCUGCACAGCCGAAGAACUCAAGGGUUUUCCAAUGAGAAGAGUUCCCUGCAGACAAGAUGCUCCUUCAGGUUCUUUCUUUGCUCGCGACAAUACUGCUAAUUUUCUUCGCUGGUGCAGGGGUAUUGGAGUGGAUGGUGCUUAUCUUUUCGAAUCAGAAGGUUUAGUUUUGCAUAAAGAUCCUCGCCAGGUGUGUCUUUGCCUCCUAGAUGUUGGACGGAUAGUAUCCAGAUAUGGAGUUGAGCCUCCAGUCCUGGUAAAACUGGAAAAGGAGAUUGAACUAGAAGAAACCUUGUUAAUGGAAUCUGGACCUUUAGCCUCCAAAGAAAUCCAGAAAUCCUGCUGUCACCAUGAGCUACAUGAGGCUGUGAAGCACAUAGCUGAAGAUCUUCCUUGUAACUGCUCCCACCGAUUCUCUAUUGAGUAUUUAUCUGAAGGACGAUAUCGUUUGGGCGAUAAAAUUCUUUUUAUAAGGAUGCUACAUGGAAAACAUGUUAUGGUCCGAGUUGGCGGAGGAUGGGACACACUUCAAGGAUUUCUGUUGAAAUUUGAUCCAUGUCGCGUUUUACAAUUUACAACAUUGGAGCAAAAAAUACUGCAGUUCCAGAAAGGUAUCCAAAAUGAAAAUGUGUCAUCCAAAUCUGGCAGAACUCCUCAGCCACCCGUGAUGAACCCAAUGUCUGCAAUUAUUACAAACCAAAAGCCCAACUCGAGAGCUGCUACCCCACUUCUGCUUUCAAACUCCAAUAUCAGAGGUAAGCAGUCACCGGCUCUGACACCUCACCGAGGAGUGAAGCAAACUCCAACAGCAGAAACAUGUCCUGAUGGCCAGGUGACACCAAGAAAAGGAUCCCCAUUGUUUGUUGAACCUAAAAGAAAGGUUGCAAAAAAAUCGAAUUCUCCUCCGCUAACUGCUAAUUCCUCACUUGAAAGCAAAAGUUCACAAAACAAUUUCUCGGAGAGAAAAUCUCCCAUGUCUAGCCGAUCAAGGGCUGUGGUUCCUGUUUCUGUAGAUAAAAGCAGUGCUUCAUCUCGUCCAAAUAAAGCUAUGCAAAAGACUGCAACCUCACAAUAUUCUCCUACAAACCUGUUACAACAAACAAAACCAAUCCUACAACUGCAGUCACCAAAAAUAGCCCCUGCUUCGUUGUCUCAUCUCAAAGCACAAUCAAAACAUACAUCUGGUUCUCCACUACAAUCAAGCACUUUGAAAGUACCAACGGACACUCGUAAGAUGACAAAUACAACACCUCCCAAAACAGGAUCUUCUUAUUCCAGAACAGAUCCCAAACUAGCAUUAAAACAAACCUCUCCAUCGGUCUCCCAGUCAUCAAAAGAACUGAAGGUAAAUAAGAAGACUGAGGUACCAAAAAAGAACUUAACGGAUAGGAAGCCGUUUGUAGUGUCCUCUCGUGUUCCUACAACAACACCACUUUUCCCAUACACCUCGCAAUCUGCUAAACAUCGCCCUGCCACCCAAUCAAAGACAUUAUCUAAAAACAUUCCAAAUGGCAAAAAUGAUAUGAAAAGGGCUGUGAAAGAGACGCCAAAUCAUUCUGGCCGCACUCCCUUGUCAGUGGUGAAACUUCCACAACCUCCAAUUAAAACACUAGUUUCACAAAGGACAAAGCCGACUCCAAGGUCACAGCCUUUAUCGGACAGUUCAGUAAAAAGUAACACAGUGCAGAGUACAGCGGCCUCUAAAACUUUGGGUUCAAAGGCCAAACCAGUAUCGCGUAAAGGGGUCCCCGAUUCCACAAAGGAUAAAUUAACUAAAGCCAAAAAAGAAGAUAAGUUUAUUGUUUCAAAAGGUAGUGGGAAGUAGAUACAACAUACACUAUCACCAUUCUACGUGGUGAACACAUUGAACACUAUCUCUAUACUUUGUCCAUGGGGGCCAUAUCACAUCUGCUUGUUACUGUUAAUAGGGGUGUGCAUGUGAGCCUUCAUGAUUCAAGACUACAAUUCCCUACAUGCCAGUGGAUUGUUAGUGCCUGAGGCGUGUGCUAUCAUAUUGAUGAUUAUGCCAUAAUACAGUUAUAUAUUUAAGAAAACUUGAUUGACUCUUGAGGCCAAAGCUUUUUAUUGAAAGUUUUAAGAUACCCUACUAAUCAAGUUCAAACAAGGGACUACAAAAAUCUCUCAAGUGAAAACAAGCUAAGAUCGUUUUAAAUCAGUCUUCCAUUCGUUGCCUUUUUAUACUGCAGCAUUCAGUACUGACGUGUGUAUUAUUUUGAGCACACCAGCUCUUUAAGUGGCAAGAUAGCAACAUUUUUAUUUUUUUACUUAACAUAAUCCCAGGCUUAUGAGUCUGAUUGCUAGGGUCUGUAGAUCCAUCUUGCAAUCAAUUUGUUUGUUCUUUAUAAAAGUGCAGUAGUUUUACAUUUGUUUUUUGUUAUGUGCCAUUAAAUUGGAAGUGCCUGGUACUUAACUAACACUAUUUUAAUUUACUAUUUUCUGAACUUUAGGAGGUUUGGGAAUUUUUUUCCAUGAUUUUUCAGGAUUAAGCUAGCAAAUUGCGGCGACUGUGGGGUUUGUG